CCCCCGUAUCCGCGAGCCCCGCCUCCGUGCUGGCGAAAUUUCCGGUCCGGGCAAGGUGGGCGCAGUAUCCUGGCCCAGGCUGGGCAUCAUGGCUGACUCUAGGUCUGGUGUGCAGGGUUCCCUGCUGCAGCUGCAAGAAUUUUUGUCCACUGCGGACCGUUACAGCGCUGCGGUGGCCAGUCAUCAGCUGAUUCGGGGCCUGGGUCAGGAGUGCGUGCUAAGCACCAGCCCCGCGGUUCUGGCAUUGCAGACUUCCUUAGUUUUUUCCAAAGAUUUCGGUUUGCUUGUAUUCGUUCGGAAAUCACUUAGCAUUGAUGAAUUUCGUGAUUGUCGAGAAGAAGUCCUAAAAUUCUUAUGUAUUUUCUUAGAAAAAAUUGGGCAGAAGAUUAUACCUUAUUCUCUUGAUAUUAAGUUCCUGUGUUCUUUUUGACAACAGUCUGAAAGUUUGCUUGUCUUGUACCUCCCAUUUUCUUUAAAUCUGCCUUCUACAAGGUUUCCUCAUACUUACUAUGGAACUGGUAACCAUAAAUUAAGUUGUUUUUUCUUAGACUUAUUUAUACUUUUAACAAGUGCCACAUCUUGAGGUAAGUGUUUUUAUUGGUCCCAAAUUUGCUUCUAGUGUUUGAUGCUAAGUUUUGAUGAAGAAGCAUGUAUUCAAUUUGAGGAAUUUAUAGAAAGUUACUUUAUAAAU